ACCCAGAAGAAAGUGCCAAUAAAAUCAAAGCAGAAAGAAGCGACGACACGGAAGUACUGUGGUAAUGAAAACGAGCUAAUGUGAUCAAAACAGCAAAAUGCACUCGUUCAGCAAAAAAUAAAGCACCCGUUUCAUGUUUAUCUUUAUGCAAUCGCGCAUAUACAUGGAGGAAGUAUAAGCAUUGAAGAAACAAUGUCCAAAGCUCGCGACACUUCGGAGCAUCUCACACAAAUAGUAUGGAGUUUCCCGGAUGGCCAGCUUUCACUUGUCUGCUGAUCUACAUCGUCGUCACCAGCGAUGUUCUUGGAAAACUACCCCCCAAUAUCUCCGACCGCCUCAACGAAUACUGGCUUGUGUACAAGGCGAGAUACAACAAAACGUAUACGGAACGAAUAGAGACAAUCAGACGCACUGCCUGGGAAGACAAUCUCAUCAAGAUUUAUGAGCAUAACUUGAUGGCAGCUGCUGGGCACCAUGACUACAUACUCAGAGACAAUUACAUCGCCGAUCUCGAUACGGCAACAUAUAUUAACAACUUGGUGAAGCUUAUGCCUAGUCGACGGCGACGUCUCGGAGACGACGAAAUAGUCGCCGGAGUCAUGCAGGACCCGCGACUCGUACCCCGGGAGCUCGACUGGCGUCAGCGAGGCUUCGUUACAAAACCGGAAAAUCAGCGGGAUUGCGGUAGCUGCUACGCUUACAGCAUUGCUGGAAGCAUAUCCGGUCAGAUAUUCCGAUGCACGGGUGUCGUGGUGCCUCUAAGCGAGCAGCAGCUCGUCGAUUGCAGCGUACAAACAGGAAACCUCGGCUGUGUGGGAGGCUCGCUUAGGAAUACACUGAGGUACCUCGAGCAGUCGAAGGGCCUCAUGGCUGACCUCGCUUAUCCGUACACGGCCAAGCAAGGCACAUGUAAGUUUCAAAAGAACUUGAGUGUGGUAAACAUCACCUCCUGGGCAAUUUUACCAGCACGUGACGAGAGAACUCUCGAAGCCGCGGUCGCAAAUAUUGGACCAAUAGCUGCCUCCAUUAAUGCAAGUCCCAAUACAUUUCAACUAUAUCAUUCAGGUAUUUACGAUGAUCUCACCUGCUCAUCGAACGUCGUUAACCAUGCGAUGCUGAUUGUCGGCUACACCCCCACCUACUGGAUCCUGAAGAACUGGUGGGGCUCCAGUUGGGGUGAGAACGGAUACAUGAGGCUGAGGAAGGGCAAGAAUCGUUGUGGUAUCGCUAAUUAUGCAGCUUACGCUAGAAUAUAAUCAAAUUGAUUUUUUACCUACAUUAUAAUUUUUUUUUUUACUGAACUGUAAUGCUUUAUUUAGUGUGCUCUACUUUUGUCUUCGACGCUA